AUGGAAUCAAUAAUUCCAACGCCAAGUAUUGACCAAGUUUUGCAGAGUCUUGCAAGUAAUGCUCUUUCAUCAACAUCAGCGCAAGAUUCGGAAGAGGAUCAACCAGGAGGAAGAUUAGAAAUUGUAAAUUUGGACAGUAGCGACGAUUCUGAAAGUGAAAAAGGAAAUGCUGCUGCCAAAAAUAAUAAAAUUGUUUUUAAUCAACUGUCAAGGCCAAAUAAACGUAAAUUACCUCUUGUCACAGACCAAGCAAGAUUAAAUGUUAUAAUGGAUAAAAAUCGUUCGGCUUAUUUGAGAGAAAAGUUUCAGCUGAAUCAAAAGAAUAAUUUAAGAACAAUUUAUCGAAUUAACCAUUCAAACAAUAGAAUUAUUCAAAAGCCAUAUCAACCACCAACUUCAAAUACCUCAACUUUUUCAUCAAACUAUGCGCCAAAAACAGUUUCUGAAAUGUUAAAUGAUUUGGUUAAUAUGUCUGUUGAUAAAACUUUGGAAAAUUCUGCUUCUUUACAAGAACAAUCUUCAAACAACAAUAAUAAUUUGCGUUUUGUGCCUGCAACACCUGAAGAAUCGUCAUUGCUUGUUGCUGCUCCUCCACAAUUGGAACCUCAAGAACACGUUAUUGAAUCUAGUAAAAAUAGUAAAGCAACAUCUUUAGAUGGAUCUAAUUUUGAACAAUCGACUUCGAAUUAUCAGCAAUCACAAGCGAAUUCCUCGGAUGAUGAUGAUAUUCAAGUUAUUAGUGAUAAUAACAAUAUUGUUGAUGAUUGUGAGAUGCAGGAAAAUUUACAAGACGAAUCUGAAAUCGUUGGUACUUCUAAUGAUGCUGGUUUAGAUGCUACACCUUUUUGUAAAAAUUGUGCUAGUGAAGUUCCUUUGAUUAUUAAGCGUUUGGAUCGUUUGGACGGUAUGGUGGAUAAAAUGAUUAAAUUGGUUAAGAACUCACUUUCAAGCCCUGCAAAUCAUUGA